GGAAGCGGGGCUCAAUCCGAACUCACUCUCUUCAUCAACUGCUCCUCAACUCUUGUCCUCGCCGUCGCCUUUGCCUUCGCCUUUGAACUCGUGUUCGCUUUUCUUUUGCAUCCCCCUCGUCUUAGUUCUUGCUUUUUUGGCGACUUGGAAUUUGUUUUCUCUCUCUCUCUCUCUCUCUUUUGCACUCGCCUUCGUCUCUUCCUUCUCCUUCUCUCUCGGCAUCGAAAUCGAU